GUUACUGAGACGGAGGGGCGCCUACCCACGCGACGCUUGACUGUUAUGCACUUUGGAACCUCACAACCAUCUUGAGCAUGGCCGAGUCGCAUCCGGAUGUGUUGACAAACAUGGAGGAAGACGAGGAGCAGCCGUCCAAUUGCUCAAACUCUUUGACCCCAGAGCAGCAGCUUCUGGCACGCUUCAGGUUGCAUAAGCAGCACCGCAAGGAAAAGGAGCGACGUCUGCAGCAGACCCGAUUGGCCGCAGCAACUCGAGCUAGUCGCAAUGCUGCAGCGGCCUCUGGAGCUUUAAAAGCGUCUUCAAACAAGCAACAAAAACCAAAAAUUGACCUCUCACGUGUGGACCAUAACAACCGUCCACAUCGCUGGAAAUCCGCUGAAGAAUUGCUUCGUGAACAGGAGAGACGAGCUCAGCAGCAUCAGCUCACUGCACCAGCUCCAGUGCGACCUUUUCCGGGCAGAAUACGUAACCAAAUUUUGGACGAUAGUCCGUCCCAAAAUUUGAGUACCAACGUCGAAGAGACAAAUAAGACCGAAGAGGACAUUUUGCAACUGGACCAAUCCCAAUUUCCAUUGCACAUUUUUGACAGCGACGAGUUCGAAGCUCAUACACCACAAGAAUGGCUCGAACGAGAACGUGUCGGUGCAUCGCCGUAUUUCUUCCAGGGUGAAUGGAGAUGGAGAAGUUGUGCAGUAUUGGGCUAUGACGAAAGUCGAGCGCAAUAUUUGGUCCAAUUCCAAGGAUCCGACAGACAAAAAUAUGUGAAAAGGAUCAAUUUGCGUUUCGAAAGUGAGUCUCCCAUAAUAUUUGAGAAACGUGUUGCUGCGGCGAGAGAGAGAAGGGAACAACUUAAGGCCAUACUGAGAUUUGACGACUUUUUAGCCAAACAAGAUGCGUCACAAUUAAGAGCAAUGGGACGCCCCACACUGGAACGGGUGCAUGGUCGAGUUGUGGCCGGUCUACCUGAGCGUGUUGCCUUACUAGACUCGCAACCUGCUGCAUCUCUAUUACGUCAACUCACCGACACUGCUAUUCAAGAAUACAUGCGGAGUAUGAAGAAGGCGGCGUUACUGGCCAAACUACGCAGUGAUCCAGCCUUACAAGCACGGUUUCAAGGUUUAGAUCUUCAUCCUGGUAAGAAAAUGACGGAACCGGGUACUAUCACAUACGGUAAAGUACCAAUUCCGGGUCAUGACUUUGAAAGGAAUCGACGACGUGUGAGUACCGUGUCAUAUACCAGCUCCCCGCAGUUACUCGCUGUACUGCGGCGAUACUGCUAA